CUCACUAUUAAAUACUCCGUAUAAUUCACCACUACCAAAUUACUUCCUUAUUUAAGCCCUUUUUCGUUUUCUCUUUCUCCUCGAUCGCCAAAAUACUCCAUUUUUUCGAAUCAAGGAAGUAGAAAAUGGCUCCUGUUAAGGUGACGAUGGAGGUGGGAACCGACGGCGUCGCCGUUAUCACCAUUUUUAAUCCUCCGGUCAAUGCUUUAGCUAUUCCAAUUAUCGCUGGAUUGAAGGAGAAGUGGACUGAAGCGACUAUGAGGAACGAUGUUAAAGCUAUUGUUUUGACUGGAAAUGGGGGGAGAUUUUCUGGUGGUUUUGAUAUCAAUGUUUUUCAGAAGGUUCAUGCGAAUGGGGAUACAUCUCAGAUGCCUGAUGUUUCUGUUGAUCUUGUGGUUAACACGAUGGAAGAUGGUAAAAAGCCUGCAGUUGCUGCCAUAGAAGGACUUGCACUGGGAGGUGGCUUAGAAUUGGCAUUGGGAUGCCAUGCACGAAUUGCUGCACCACGAGCACAACUGGGGUUGCCAGAGCUCAGUCUUGGAGUCAUGCCUGGAUUUGGAGGUACACAGCGUCUUCCGAGGCUUAUAGGGUUGUCUAAAGCUGUUGAACUUAUGAUGACAUCUGAACCAAUAAUGUCUGAGGAAGGGAAGAAGCUUGGUCUCAUUGAUGCCGUUGUCCCUUCAUCAGAGUUGUUAAAAGUAUCUAGACAGUGGGCACUUGAUAUUGCAGAAAGGCACAAGCCUUGGAUGCGUUCCCUUCACAAGACAGACAAAAUUGGUUCCCUUUCAGAAGCGCAUGAAAUACUGAAGGUGGCUAGGGAACAAGUGAAACAGACAGCUAAGAAUAUGCCUCAGCACUUGGCGUGCAUUGAGGUAAUUGAAGAAGGCAUCAUCCAUGGAGGAUAUAAUGGGGUUCUCAAGGAAGCUAAAGUAUUCAAGGACCUUGUAUUGUCAGAUACAUCAAAGGGUCUUGUUCAUAUAUUUUUUUCUCAACGGGCAACAUCGAAGGUGCCUAAUGUCACUGGUAUUGGCCUCAAACCUAGGACAGUCAAGAAAGUUGCUGUAAUAGGUGGAGGUUUAAUGGGUUCAGGCAUAGCUACAGCCCUUGCCCUUAGCAACACAAUUGUUAUACUUAAGGAAAUUAAUUCUGAGUUUCUUCAGAAGGGGAUGAAAGCUAUUGAAGCAAAUGUCAGCGGACUGGUAGCUAGAAAGAAAUUGCCACAGGAUAAAGCAGAUAAAGCCCUUUCAAUGGUUAAAGGUGCACUAGAUUAUUCAGAUUUUAAGGAUGUGGAUAUGGUCAUAGAGGCUGUUAUUGAAAAUGUUCCACUAAAACAGAAAAUAUUUAGCGAGAUUGAGAAGGUAUGCCCUCCACAUUGUAUUUUGGCAACUAACACAUCUACUAUUGACCUCAACAUUAUUGGCGAAAAUACCACAUCCAAGGAUCGGAUUAUCGGGGCCCACUUUUUCAGUCCUGCUCACAUUAUGCCUUUGCUGGAGAUAGUACGAACUGAGAAGACAUCUGCCCAAGCAAUUCUUGACCUUAUGGCUGUUGGAAAGGCAAUUAAAAAAGUACCUGUUGUGGUGGGAAAUUGUACUGGUUUUGCUGUCAAUAGAACCUUCUUUCCCUACUCCCAGGGUGCACAUAUUCUGGUUAAUCUAGGAGUGGAUGUCUUCAGGAUUGACACGCAAAUUGCCAGCUUUGGUCUCCCUAUGGGUCCCUUCCAGCUUCAGGAUUUAACAGGAUAUGGAGUGGCUGUUGCUGUAGGGAAAGAAUUUCGUUCAGCUUUUUCUGAUCGCACUUUUAAGUCUCCGUUGAUCGACCUUCUUAUAAAAAGUGGUAGAAAUGGUAAAAACAACGGAAAAGGCUACUAUAUUUAUGAGAAGGGAAGUAAGCCAAGACCCGAUUUUACUGUGCUUCCAAUUAUUGAGGAAUCAAGAAGGCUCGCCAACAUAAUGCCUGGAGGAAAGCCAAUAUCUGUCACUGACCAAGAAAUUGUUGAGAUGAUACUCUUUCCAGUUGUGAAUGAGGCAUGUCGUGUUUUGGAUGAAGGGAUAGUAGUCCGAGCCUCUGACCUUGAUGUCACAUCUGUCCUUGGAAUGAGUUUUCCAUCUUACCGAGGUGGUAUUGUUUUCUGGGCUGACACUGUUGGUGCUGGACAUAUCUAUAGAAGUCUUAAGAAGUGGUCAGAACUAUAUGGUAAUUUCUUCAAGCCCUCAAGCUUCUUGGAAGAGAGAGCAACAAAGGGCAUCCCCUUGAGUGCACCUUCUUCUACAUCUUCAGUUUCAAGGUCACGCAUGUAAGCAGUGUGUACUCAAUGUUCCUACAACUGGGAAACAAGAUGAAUUUGAAAUAUAGACCUGUAGAGGGGCACGUAGGUCAUGCCUAUAAGCAGUGCAUGUAUAGUGUAUUGCAACAUUUCCGUGGCUCCUAGUAGAGUUCAUUUUCAAGUUAGUUGAGUGAAUGCACCAACUUUAUAUAUUCCACCCCCACCCCCUCCCCCACCCGAAGGGUAUGUUUAUUGGAUAAACUGAACCUUUUUUCAAGUAUGGCUGUUCAUUUAUCCAGCAAUGUUAAACUUCUUUUCAUU